AUGCAGAUUUUAUUCUACUCGGGUACUUCUGGAGUUGCUCAUGAAUUUUCAAAUCAAGGACGCCGUUUCGUCACUCUAGAGGACACGAGGAUUGGUUACUUGGUUGACGGAUUGAACUGGUGCGGGGUAGCUUGUCAUCGUUCCAAUAAAACAUGUGACGGGAUUAAUUACAAGGAGUGCCCUCACUGGUCAGAAUUGCCAGAAGCGGCAGCUGAAGCCUUCUGGGGUGGAGCGUCUGCUAAGUUAGCACGUUCUGCUGUUGGAGAAGCCAGAGUCAUGAUUACUAGUACUAAUCCAGAGAAACCAGCCUAUCGUGAAAAUAGUUUCUUUGCCAAAUUUGAGCUACAGUCUAUGCCUGUUGAUACUAAAUUAAAAGUGAUCCUUGCGAAUGAACCAGACAAAGAAGCAUUGGAAGAUUGUAACUCGGGAUCCUUGCUUCAGCUAAAAGAAGACGCCGCGAAAAAGGGUAUAAGUGUAACAUGUGAGGAAAAUCCGCCGUAA